AAUGUUGCAAAAUCAAAGUUCCAAAUUUCAAACUUACGGUUUUGUGCGAUGACCAGUUUCACUUAGAGCUUUAGCAAAGCUUACAUUAACUCGCAUGCAUGUAUGUCAACUUAAUUAUUGUCAAAUAAUAUGUCAGGAAGAGGUGACAGCCAUCAGUACUCUCCCCUUUUACAUGGGGAUGAAGAGUUUAUAAGCUAUGAUGACAAAGAAUUGGAACAACAGUACUUUAGGCGAAGGAAGCUAAGGAGAAGCAAGAGAGCAUGUUGCCUGCUGAUCCUACUCAUAGCCGUUGCCACCAUAGCAGCUCUGAUUGCCAUCAUUCUUCUUCAUGAUAACAAAAGCAGCAAGUCUGAUUUUCCAAGUUCAGGGACUAAACUUAGGAAAUUUAAGAAGGCUGCCAUAGCAUCAGACAGCAAAGUGUGCUCAGAUAUUGGCGAGGAUAUUUUACGUCGCGGUUCCUCAGUCGAUGCAGCCAUUGCUAUAUUGUUGUGCUAUGGCGUGGUCAAUCCCGUGAGCAGUGGGAUAGGAGGAGGAUUCUUUAUGACAGUCUAUGAUAGUAAAAAGGGCAAUGCCGCAGUCAUUAAUGCAAGAGAAACUGCACCUUUGAGUUCCUCUGAAACUAUGUAUGAGGACCAUGUCAAUUCAUCAGUAUAUGGUGGACCUAGUAUAGCUGUUCCAGGAGAAAUCAAGGGGUAUAUGGAGGCAUGGAAAAGAUGGGGAAAAUUACCAUGGAAAGACUUGUUUACGAAGAGUAUUGAAUUAGCCAAAAAUGGAUUCCAAAUCUCCAAACAUUUGGCAGAAAAGAUGGAGUCUGCAGAACAUAUUUUAAGACUAGAUAAAGACACCUGGAAACACUACUCAGAUCAAAAGACUGGGAAAAUGUUGAAAGAGGGAGACUUGAUUAAAUUUCCAGAACUGGCAAAAACUUACAGGAAUCUGGCAGAGAAUGGUGGAGAAGCUUUCUAUAAUGUCACAGAGGGAAGUCUUGGUUACGAUAUACUGCAGGAUCUCAAAGAAAAGAAAUCUAACAUCAGCGAGAAGGAUCUCAGAGAUUAUACUGCCAAGUUUGAAGAGGCUUUGAAAGUAACACUGAGAGAUGGCAGUGUUCUCUACAGCCCCAAACCACCGGCCAGUGGAGCUGUUCUCUCAUUCAUACUUAGUAUAUUGGAUGGUUACAACUUGACAGCUAAGGAUCUACAAACAAAGGAGUCACGUCUUACAGCCUACCACAGAAUGAUAGAGGCCUUUAAAUUUGCGUAUGCUCUGAGAUCAGACCUUGGAGAUCCCGCCUUUGUUCCUAAUGUUACUGAGGUUGUGAAGAAGUUAACAUCUACAGUGUAUGCUGACAGAACCAGGAGGAUGAUAUGGGAUAACACAACACAUAAGACCCCUUACUACGGUCCAGUGUUUGACCACAAGCUGAAAAGUAGUACUGCUCACCUGUCAGUACUGGGGGAGGAUGGGAUAGCUGUGUCAGUGACAACAACUGUCAAUCUACUAUUUGGUUCAGGGAUUACAGGAAGACAGACAGGAAUACUGUUUAAUGAUGAAAUGGAUGACUUUUCUUCCCCUAACAUCACCAAUGCUUUUGGAAUCGCUCCCUCUCCCUCCAACUUCAUCAAGCCUGGGAAGCGGCCACUGUCAUCCAUGUGUCCUGCGGUCCUGGCAGACAAGACAAAGAAAGUGAAGAUGGUAGUGGGCGCUGCAGGUGGAUCCAGAAUUACGACUGCCACAGCUUAUGUUGCUGCCCAUGUUUUGUGGUUUGGAGACAAUAUCAAGGAAGCCAUUGAUGCCAGGAGACUACAUCACCAGCUUAUUCCACAAACAGUGUACCAUGAACCAGAUUUUCCAAAGUUCUACCUUGAUGGUCUACAGGCUAAGCAUCACAAUAUAUCAGAAGAGGCUUUAGGGAAUUCAAUUGUUAAUGGAAUUGUUCAGGAUGAGAAUGGAAUUUAUGCGAAUAAUGAUUUUCGACGGCCUGGUGGUAGUUCAGCAGGGUGGUAAAGCUCAGAUUUCCAAGAUGAAAUCCACUCCUAGUUUUAUUUACAAUAUUUAUUCAAAGAAUAUUUGUUUGUUAUGAAUAUACUCCUGUUAAAUGAAUAAUUAUUAUCAUUAUUUGGGGGGAUGGAUAAUUUUUGUUGUUUUUUUUGCUAUGAAGAGACCAAUGCAAUAAAUUCAUGUCCUUCACAAAAUGCAAAAUUUCUAAUAGAGAGCAACUUAAUAUUUUUUCCACCAUAAAAUCAAAUUCCAAUGAACCUUUUUUUCUUUGUACUUCUAACAUCCAAUGAGUUUACUGUGUUUUAAUUAGUAAUUGAUCUUAGUUCAUUUACUUUAUUUACAUCUGAUUUCACUUAUUUAUUGUCAUUUGAAUCAAGUUGUGAUUAUAUUUAUUUUUAUAGAUAUAUUUACUUAGGAUGGUAAAUGUAACCAUGAAGUCUCUUGUUAGCUCUACUGGUCAGAGACCAGAAGAGCUUAUGCGAUAGUAAGGUGUCCGUCGUCCGUCUAGCUGUCUGUCUGUCCGUCUGUCUGUAAAUAAUUUUUCAAAACGCUACUCCUCCUACAGUUUUGGUCUGAUUUCAAUAUAACUUGGCACACAAGUAGACUACACUAAGACACAUAAAAGAGUGCAUCGGUUUUUGAUUUUGAUGAUCAGUGUUGCCAUGGUUAUCAAAAAUAGAAAUUUCUGUGAAAUUCCUUUAAAAUGCUACUCCUCCUACAGUUUUGGUCUGAUUUCAAUAUAACUUGGCACACAAGUAGACUACACUAAGACACAUAAAGGAGUGCAUCGGUUUUUGAUUUUGAUGAUCAGUGUUGCCAUGGUUAUUAAAAAUAGAAAUUUCUGUGAAAUUCCUUUAAAAUGCUACUCCUCCUACAGUUUUUGUCUGAUUUCAAUAUAACUUGGCACACAAGUAGACUACACUGAGACACAUGAAAUAGUGCAUCAGUUUUUGAUUUCGAUGAACGGUGUUGCCAUGGUUACUAAAAAUAGAAAUUUCUGUGAAAUUUCUUUAAAAUGCUACUCCUCCUACAGUUUUGGUCUGAUUUCAGUAUAACUUGGCACACAAGUAGACUACACUAAGAUACAUAAUGUAGUGCAUUGGUUUUUGAUUUCGAUGAACGGUAUUGCCAUUGUUACUAGAAAUAGAACACUACUCCUACAGUUUUGGUCUGAUGGCAAUGGCUUCUUUUCUCAAUCUUUGUUAUAAGUACAAACCAGUAGAGCUACACUCUCGACAGAGACUUCUGGUUUAUUAUUGUUUUUAUUUGGUUUCAUUAAAAUUCACUCAUUAAACACCUGUCAGAAUUAUUUAAGUUUUAUUGGAUCAUUGGAAAACGUGUCUCUGUACAAUGAAAAUUUACUGGUAAACUUUAAUAUAAAUGUAUAUAUAUAUAUAUAUAUGUUAAAUAGAAUUUAUUCAAAUUUACAAACCAUACACAAACUUUGUCUCUAUAAAAUUAUUUUUGUAAUUUUCCUAUGAUUAACUUAGACUUAUAUAGAGUGUACUUUAUACCAAUUUACUAUGAAGAUCAUUCUUUCAGUUUUUUAACUAUUACGGUAAAUACAAUACUUUCUGGUAAAGUUUAUGAAUAGGUAAAUAAGUCAGUGUUUGUACAGUAUGUCAUUUAUAAUUGAUUUUGAAUUUAUUGUAACACAGUGACUGGGAAAUUUUAUGAAAAUAUAAUUGUGUUUUUUUUUAUUUUCAAAUUGUUCAAAAGCAGAAGUGUUUUGUGUUUUUACUAUGUUUACAGAUAUUUACCCAUUGUUGUUUUUUUCUUUUAACAAACUGUGAUGCAAUGGAUUAAACAAUAUCACAAUCUCAUAAAACAUGAAAAUGUCACAGCAUUGAGAGUAACAAAAGUAGUGUCUUUUCUGGGUAGAAAAAACAAAAUAUUCUUUAGUGUAAAAAAUAACUUCGUCUUGUCUGAAAGCUCUAGUUUUGUGAAUUAUC